CCUUGUUGUUCCUUUUUCCUCAAGUCACGAUUCAUCUUAUAUGAUGUUAUGAAUCCAUAUUUUUAGUUUUUUUAUUUUUCCUCAGCAUAACAUUCAUUUAUUUAUAAACUACUUUUUCUUCUUUUCUUUUAUUUUAUUUUCUUUAUAAAUAUAAGCACUUAAAAAAAAAAUGUCUAAUAACGUAGCUCAUGCUCUUUCUGGUGCUGGUGGAGGUAUUGUUUCCAUGGUCUUGACCUAUCCUCUUGUUUCUAUUAGUUCUCGUCUUCAAGUUCAAAAGAAUGAUUCUAGUAAAGAUGCUUACAAAAACACAAUGGAUGCUUUUAUUAAAAUUCUCGCCAAAGAAGGUCCUAAAGGAUUGUAUUCUGGCUUGAGUUCCGGUAUCUUUGGUAUUGCAGUUACAAAUGGUGUCUACUAUUAUUGUUAUGAAGCUGUUAAAGCAAUAUUUGAAAAGGCUAAGAGUAAAGGUAAACCUAUGAGUACUGCUGAAUCCAUGCUUUCUGGUGCCAUUGCUGGUUGCGCUGUUGUUUUCGCUACACAUCCUAUUUGGACUGUCAAUACUCGUUUAACUGUGAAAAAAGGUGUAGAAGAUAAAGAAAAAAAGACCAGUAGCGCACUUUCAGUAGGUCUUCAAAUCCUUCAAAGAGAGGGAAUUGCAGGACUUUAUGCAGGUGUUCGUGCAGCUUUGGUGCUGGUCAUCAACCCCAUCAUUCAAUAUACUGUAUUUGAACAAGUGAAGAAUAGGUUAUCCAAGACCAAGACAUUAAGCAAUCUUGAUUUCUUUUUAUUAGGAGCUCUCUCUAAAUUAUGUGCUACGGGUAUCACCUAUCCUUACAUUGUAGUCAAGUCACGUAUGCAGAUCAAUCAACAAGGUGAAGAAAGAUAUACCUCCAUCCUAGAUGGUUUCAAAAAGAUCAUUGCACAUGAGGGCAUCCCUGGUCUCUAUAAGGGCAUUUCCUCAAAGAUUGUACAGUCUGUUCUGACCGCUGCUUUCUUGUUCCUUGCUAAAGAAGUCUUGUUUGACUGGUCUGUUUGGAUGUUGGUCCUUCUAGGUGCUCGUAAGCCUCGUAUUGUCAAUAAGGCUUAAAUGAAUGAAUAAGUAAAUAAAUGAAAAGAACUUGAUUAUAAUAAAGCAAGGCAUUAAAUAUAUUUGUAAU